AAUUAAUCACAACAUGGGAAUAGUUUGUGGGAAAGUAAAAAUAUUUCUAAAAAUAGAAUAAAAAAUAAAGCUAUGAUUCUGAGGAUGAAAGUGAAUACGAAUACGUAAAAAAUAAAACAAAAAAAUAAAAGUGUAUAAGUGAUGAUUUUAAAUUAUACAGUAUAAAGAGACCAAAAUCUUUGGAAGAGAAUUGUUAGAUGUUAAUUUCGGAGAAAUCAUAAAAUUUAAAAUAAUUCAACUAACAGGAACAAUAUCAGGAGUUAUAAAAUAAUCUUUUAGAAGAUAGAAUUAAAUAAAAAGAGAACUUACAAAUUAUACUCAAUGUAAAAAGAUAGAUUAUGCUUAGAUAUAUUUAUUCUGUAAUUUUAAGAGAAAAGAAAUUAAUAUAUGUUUUGAUUCAAUAAAUACUAAUAUUGAAUAUAAAGAGAACCUAAAAUUGGUUGGAAUAUAUAGAGAGACUUCUUUAAAAUACCAUAAGACAGAAACCUGUUAAUUAUGUGAUUAAGAAAAUGUAGAAUGUUAGAGUCUGAAUUGUUAACAUAUCUUUUGCAUAAAUUGUUGGAAUAAAAUGAUAGAGAUUUAAUUAUCAAAUUAUAUACCAAUUGUUAAAUGUUUACAAAAUUAAUGUUAAGAAAGAUUACCUCAUGAAUAUUUGGAAUUAAAUUAAACCUAUAGAGAAAUAUUAGUUAAAAGAAUGUUAGAAAACUUACCAUCUUAUACAUGGUGUCCAGGUAACAAAAGUACCAUUAUAAAUUAGGAAUUGAUUGUGAAAGAGUAUAUUAAGUUCAAUAAAUUUCAUUAAGAUAUUAGUGUGAGUGUGGUGUAAAGUUUUGUUCUAAUUGUAAAACAGAAAGUCAUUAUCCAAUAUCUUGUCAAAUAUAUUAAAAAAUUACAGAAUUUAAGGAACCAAUGCAAUCAUGGAUAAAAUUAGAUAUUUUUCAAUGUCCUAAUUGCAAAAUAUAUAUACAAAAAAAUCAAGGUUGUAUUUAAAUUUAGUGUGUUUGUGGAAUUGAUUUUUGUUCUAAAUGUUUAUAGUUUUGGAAUAAAGAGCACGGUAAAAACUUUUACAAUUGUUCUUUUUAAGAUUAUAAUAAAAACCCUUCUAAAUUAUUUGUUUAAAUGUUCUAGAAAGAAUCUUCAAUAACUAAAAUUAUUUCAGAAUUAAACUAUUACCAAAAAUUACUAAAUUAAUAAUUGAAUGGUCAUGACCAAAAUCUUAAUGAUGAUGAAUAAAUAAAGAAAAAUGACGAGUUACAUUAAUAUAAAAAUAACUUGAAGAAUUUGAAGACUUUUUUAAAAUUUGAGAAAAUGUAAACAAAUUAUUUUAAUUUUUAGUGCUAUAUAUUUUACUUAUUAUUUAAAUGAAGUUUUUACUGAGAAUGAAUUAGAUCAUUAAUGUCAACGAUUUUCAUAAGAAAUACUAUAUUACUAUGAAAUUGUUAAAAAUCAAUUGUAAGGAAUACUUAUUGUUGAAUAAUAAAUGGAAAAAAAAGAGAAGAUUAAUUUUUAAAGUUUUAAAUCAUAGACUCGUUAAAUAGAUAAAAAUUUGAAUUUCUAGAAAAAGUGUUUGAAAAAAGAAAUUUUACGAAUCUAAUCAGAAAAGUAGUAAAACGCUCAAUAAUGA